AUGGGGGACAGUGAGGGAGGGGACAGAGGGGACAGUGAGGGAAGGGACAGAGGGGACAUGUCCCAGCCACAGACAGGGGGCAGCACUGAGGCCCCAGAGCAGAUGGAGAGGAGCGUCCCAGAGGAGGAUCUGAAGACAGGGGUCGGGGCCUCAGGGUGCAGUGCAGAGGAACCCGAGGGCCUCAAGGUGACCACCGCACUGCUGCACCCGCUGUGUUUAGGGGAAGGUCCCCUGGUGCUGCCACUCCACCUGCAGAUGAACGGGGGGCCACAGCUGGGGGCCGCGCCUUAUCUCAUCACCAGCCAAAGUCCAAUGUCUCUGGUCCUGGAGCAGCACAUGGGCCCCUCUGGAAUCCCCCAGGGGCCUAACUGUGGCCCCCUGCCCCUCCAGAGCAGUGUCCUGUGUCCCGGAGCUCUUCCCUUCAGUCUCUCAGCAGCAGCAGAGCAGAAGACCUCAGCUCAGACCCUGGACCCUCACCUCCUGUCUCUGCUGCAGAACCCGGCCUUCGCUGCCAUCCUCCAAGACCUGUUCCCCCCUCGGAGCGGGACAUCCGCCUGCCAGGCUCCCGGCUCUCCCUUCUUCCCUGCUCCCCCUCUGACUCCCCCAUACUCUUCUCCCCUUGCUCCUCUGGUGCCUCCUGCGACUCUCCUGGUCCCAUACCCGGUCAUCAUCCCUCUGCCUGUGCCUCUGCCCAUCCCUCUGCCUGUCCCUGUCCCUGUCCCGUCUCAGGACUCCAAGGGAAAUCUGCCCAAACCCGUCUGCACUGUGAGCACUCAGACCUGUGUCCAGGACUCUGUCCCCUCAGGACCCCUCCCCCCUCACACUGUGCCCCCCUCUGAGGAGGUGUUGGACCUCUCUGUGAAGUGUCCCAUUCGUCCCAAACUGGAGCCCCCCUGUCCCGCUCAGCAGGACAGUGUCCUGGACCUGUCUGUCCCUGGGGCCAGGACCAGACCUGCAGACUCUAAAGACCUGGGGGGUCUGGCCUCAGUGGAGCUCAGGCAGCAGCCCAGGUGGGACAGCAGCUCUCUGGGACAGGACCCCCCUCUGAAGCAGGACGCCCCUUUGGGCAUGCCGGGGAGCCCACAGGUCAUCGUCUCUGUGAAGGACGCCAUCCCCGCCAUCUUGUGUGGGAAGAUGAAAGGACUGUCAGGGGUCUCCAGCAAGAACUUCUCCAUCAAACGAGAUGCGGCUCAGUCCCUGCAGCAGCUGUACGGGGGGCAGGGGGGGCAUCAUGACCCUCAUGACCCUCACCUCCCUCAUGACUCCCACCUCCCUCAUGACCUUCAUGACCCUCUGAAGAAAGCGUCCAAAAGCAGAAGUAUCAAACUGAAGAAGGUCAGCUCUCAGGAGAUACACUUCCUGCCCAUGAAGAAGCAGCGCCUGGCUGCACUGCCCCCUCCCCCCUGA